CGCGAGUCAAGUAGCACAUGUUAUGUAAUCAGUAGCUAACCCUACUUUUUAUAGUUUUCCCAAUAUAAACUGUGACUCAUAUAUGUUAAAGAACGUUUUACUGUGAUAUAAAAUAAUAAAAAAAAAAAAAAUUGUAAUAUGGAGAAGUUAUUCAACUACAAAUACUUGGAUAAAAACCAUCUCAAAGGUUUUCAUACUUACAAGUAUAGUGCAAUAGAUACAAGUCCUCUCAGUAAUUAUGUGAUGCACCCUUUGUGGAAUGCCAGUGUAAAGCUUCUACCGAAAUGGAUAGCUCCUAACCUUCUCACGUUUGCUGGGUUCCUAUUGAUGGUAGCAUCAGUGGUUCUCUUGGGACUGUAUGAUUAUGGGUGUUAUGGUCCAUUGCGGGAUAACGUACAAGUCGUACCUGAUUGGGUGUUUACUGUAUGCGCAGUAUUCAUCUUCGUGGCAUACAAUUUAGAUGGUAUGGACGGUAAGCAAGCUCGACGUAUAGGCGUGUCGGGACCACUAGGAGAAAUGUUUGAUCACGGUCUGGACUCUUACGUGGUGUUUUUCAUACCUUACGCCCUCAUGACUGUCUUUGGCAGGGACAACGAGUAUACUGUCAGCGUGUUCCGAGGUUUCAUAUUAAUAAUGAGCGUGUCUCUAAAUUUCUACGUCAGUCAUUGUGAAAAAUAUAACACUGGCACCUUAUAUCUUCCAUGGGGAUAUGAUAUCAGCAUGUGGGUUUCUUCUCUCCUAUUCCUGGUACCUGGACUGUAUGGGCCCAGGGUAUACCAUAUAUAUUUGUUCGGAUACAAGUUUGUGAACGUACUCGAGGUUGUUGUUCAUGCGACGGGACUCUUCACUACUCUACCAAUAGCUUUCUACAAUGUUUAUAUGGCGAAAAAGAACAAUACUAUCAUAUACAAAUCAAUACUAGAUAUGGUACGCCCCGUAUGGAGUAUGCUCAUCAUGAAUGCUACUAUUCUGGUAUGGGUGAUCAAAUCCCCUAAUAAUAUUCUCGAAUAUGACCCGAAGGCUUUUAUUUUGUUAUAUGGAACGCACUUCAGUAAUAUUGCAUGCCGUCUAAUAGUAGCAGAAAUGAGUAAGCAAAAGUGUGAUAUCGUCACCUGGAUGUGCUGGCCUCUACGCGCAGCUGUUGCGAUCUCACUCUUCUUUCCGCACAUAGAAAUUAUCGUAUUUUACUGCACAUUUUUCUUCAGUCUAGCUGCACAUCUACAUUAUGGAGUUUGUGUGGUGAUUAUAACAUUUUUAUACUAUUCCUUUAAUCUAAAACAAUUUAAACAUAAAUUUUUUUUUUACUUUUUGACAUUUCUCGCAUAUUUGGUGUCAAAAUUGUACUAAGCACUAUAUUACAAUAUGUAAUUAAUGGGAAGCAUUAACAGUAACCAGUCCUUAUUAGCAA